GUCAUUGGUGACUUACGAAAGGUGUCUUUGCAAUAGAGGAAGCCCUUACUCUCCCUCUCAAUUUGUGAUUUACCCAACAUGACCACAUAGGUGGGGAAAGCAUCGCACGCCUCGACCAUGUCGGGCCAAAAUCCUUUGUCUAACAAAGAGUUGCGAUAAGAUCCUUCUUAUAUUCAUGAAGUUUCGAGCUAAAUAUUGCCGCUAACAGUUGUUACAGGCGGGCUCAGCACGUGGAAAAUAAAAGAAAUUCAAAGAUUAUCGAAGUCUUCUCGUAAAAACUUUAAUUUUUCUUCUUUUUUUAAUAUAAAUAUAUUAUUCGAAUAUGAGCGGUGGUGUUUACGGAGGAGAUGAAGUUGGUGCCUUGGUAUUUGAUGUUGGUUCUACCUCAUUCCGCGCUGGUUUUGCAGGAGAGGACGCUCCUAAGGCUGAUGUACCAACCUUUAUGGGUGUCAUUGAUGACUCAAGUAAAGCAGAAAUUGCAAUGGAUACUGACCAAACAUCAUCGGAAAAGCUUGCGCCAACAGCACCAAAGAAAUUUUUCAUUGGAACAAACUCCCUUCAUCUUCCUCGGGAAAACAUGGAGGUUGUUAGUCCUCUCAAAGAUGUCAUGAUUGAAGACUGGGAUAUGUUUGAGAAUCUAUUGGAACAUGUUUAUAAAAGACACAUCAGAUCAGAUCCUUCAUUACAUCCAGUUCUAAUGUCUGAAGCUUCGUGGAAUGUGCGGCCGAAAAGAGAGAAAUUGACUGAACUUAUGUUUGAAAAAUACGACAUCCCAGCAUUCUUCCUUUGCAAAGAUGCUGUGUUAACAAGCUUUGCUCAUGGUCGCUACACAAGCCUGGUCAUCCAUUCAGGAAGCAACCUCACAAGUGCUGUUCCAGUCCAUGAUGGAUAUGUGUUACAGCAGGCGAUAGUCAAAUCUCCUCUGGCAGGAGAUUUCAUAUCAGCUCAAUGUCGGAAUUUACUGGAUGAAAUGAAGUAUGAAGUGGUUCCACCAUAUUUGAUAGCAUCAAAGGAGGCUGUUAAAGAUGGUGAUCCUCCUGUUUUUACAAAGAAAACAUUCAACAACAUCACCAAAUCCUACCAUAACUACAUGACUAAGCAAAUUCUUCAAGACUUUCAAGCAAGUACAUUGCAAGUUUCAGAUGGACCAUUUGAUGACAGCCUGUUUGGUAGUAUUCCUACAAAUCACUACGAGUUUCCUAACGGUUACAACUACAGUUUUGGCGUGGAAAGGUUUCGACUUUGCGAAGGAUUGUUUGAUCCUAGUAACGUAAAGGGUAUUGAAGGAGGCACAGCAAUGGGAGUCACUCAAGUUGCCACAACAAGUAUUGGAAUGUGUGAUAUUGACAUGAGAUUGAGUUUGUUCAACAAUGUAAUUGUUGCCGGAGGAAAUACUUUACUCAAUGGUUUUGUGGACAGACUUAACAGAGAAUUGGCAUCCAAAGUCCCGCAGAGCGCGAGAUUAAAGAUUAUCUCCAAUAAUUCAACUUUGGAACGAAGAUUUAGUUCUUGGAUCGGAGGUUCAAUCUUAGCGUCCUUGGGUUCGUUUCAACAAAUGUGGAUUUCAAAACAAGAAUAUGAAGAACAAGGGAAGAGCUGUGUAGAGAGAAAAUGUCCCUGAGCUUUGCAGAAACAUUUUUUUUAAACUACGAACCAUGCAACCUUUGUGCUUUGUCUCAGACAUUCAGAACAGUCACUGAUGCAAUCUUAAUGCAGGUAUUUUCAUUAUAAGAAGCCGUCUAGAAACUAUACUUCUGGUGGGAAGCUGCUUCAAGACGUGAAAACUGUAAAUAAAUCGCUGUUGUGUACAGACUAUUGUGAAAGUCACCAAACGUCAUCUUGAAACGUAACGGCACGUUAAGUCGUUAAUUUAGCGUAAUUUCAGUUGUCAUUCAUCCUCCGUAUUUGUAAUAAUCUUUAGGUUCUGUAAUAAUCUUUUGUACAUAAUUGUUAACUUUAUGAUUUCUUGGUUUGUGGUAUUUUCAUUCCACUAAACUACAGGGUGAGUAAAAAAGAACUGACACCUUUGAAAUUCAAAUUAGCUGCGAACUUAUGGCUGGAAAAUGACAA